GUGAGAUGUGUUACCUACUUCGCAGACAUUUGAAGAUUCACCGUGACUCAACUCAACUCAGCUCAACGCAUAGAUCUGUUACCUUCUUCGCUUCAUCAAUGGCUUCUCUCAUCAGAAACCGUUAAAUUUUCUGAUCUGAGAAUUCCGAGUACAGUAGGAGGAAACUAUAAUGGACGUGGAGAGAUCGUCGCUGUGCAACUGCGUUGUCAACUUCCUCUUGGAAGAGAACUACCUUCUCACGGCGUUCGAGCUCCUCCACGAGCUUCUCGAAGACGGCCGCGACCACCACGCCAUCCGCCUCAAGCAGUUCUUCUCCGAUCCCUCCCUCUUCCCUCCCGAUCAAAUCUCCCGCCUCAAUUCUCUCCGAGUGGCAGAUCCUCAAAGUUUGCUGGAAGAGAAAGAAGCAGCAGAGGAGAAGUUAGCUAUUAGUGAUUAUGAAUUGCGUUUGGCUCAAGAAGACAUCUCAAAGCUCAAAACUGAAUUGCAGAAAAAGGCAGAAAGUCAUAAUGGACUGAAUGCUGCGCAGUCAAGAGAUGUUUCACUAAAUGAUGGGCAACAAAUUCAAGAACAAAAGAAAAAUACUUCCUUCAUUGAUUUGGGUCCGUUAAAGGAUAUCGAACGUCAAGAUCUUAAUUGUGCUGUAAAGGAAUACUUGCUUAUGGCUGGAUACCGUCUAACUGCAAUGACAUUUUAUGAAGAGGUUACGGACCAGAACUUGGAUAAUUGGCACAACACACCUGCAUCUGUACCAGAUGCCUUGCGUCAUUAUUAUUAUCAGUAUCUUUCCUCAACUUCAGAGGCUGCUGAGGAAAAAUUUACUUUACUUAGAGAAAAUGAAAUUUUGCUUAAACAAAAUAAGGGGCUGAAUCAAGAAAAGGAGAGUUUGUUGAAGAACAAGGACCAGGCAAAUGCUCAAAUAGGAGCAUUAACUAAAUCCUUGGAGGCAAUGCAGAAAGAUCUUAAAGACAAAGAGAAUAUGGUGCAAGUUUUAAAACAAUCCUUAGAGAACCAGAGAAAGGAUCUCAGUGAUUGCAGAGCUGAGAUUAGUUCACUGAAAAUGCAUAUUGCAGGGUCUGGUUCUGGAAAUAAUAUGGUUGUUGGUGAUGUUAAUAAUAUUCAAUCUCAAUAUUUGGAGAGGUAUGAGGAAGAAAUUAAGAAAUUGAAGAUGGAAGUUGAACAUUUAAAGGAAAAAAAUAUAAGAGCCCCAGAACCCAGCAAUUUGGUUGGUUCUGGAAAUGAAAUUUCACCAACAGAUGAUACAGCGAUAGAGAUUCACGAAGACCGAGGUGCAAUCUCUAACACUGUUGAUGUGGCUUUGGGUGCUGUACAAGAUGAAGCUGCUCAACUACCAGUUGUUCAAAGUAUUAAUGAGUAUGCUGAUAAACAUGAAGAUACAUCGCCUGGGUUACUUAAUCCUGCAAAUAUAAAUAGUGCUUCUGAAAGUAACAAUAAUUUCUCCAAACAAAAUGAUGGGCAACAAGAAGUGGGUAGCAGCUUACCUGUAAAAUCAGAUAGUCUCAAUGAUGAAGCAAUAUCUGAAAAGACAGGAUUAGGAACCAUUCAGAUACUUGCAGAUGCUUUGCCUAAAAUUGUUCCUUAUGUCCUGAUCAAUCAUCGGGAGGAGCUCCUUCCUCUAAUUAUGUGUGCAAUUGAGCGCCACCCAGAUAGCAGCACUCGAGAUUCUUUGACACACACAUUAUUUAAUUUAAUCAAGCGUCCAGAUGAACAACAGAGACGAAUAAUAAUGGAUGCAUGUGUUAGCCUUGCGAAAAAUGUGGGAGAGAUGAGAACAGAAACAGAAUUGCUUCCACAGUGUUGGGAACAAAUCAGUCACAUGUACGAGGAGCGUCGACUGCUUGUUGCUCAAUCAUGUGGAGAGCUUGCAGAAUUUGUACGGCCUGAGAUUCGGGAUUCUCUUAUUUUAUCUAUUGUACAGCAAUUAAUAGAAGAUUCUGCUGUUGUUGUUCGAGAGGCUGCGGCUCGUAAUCUGGCUAUGCUGCUUCCACUUUUCCCAGACAUGGAUAAAUAUUUCAAGGUGGAGGAGUUGAUGUUUCAAUUGGUAUGUGACCCAUCAGGAGUGGUGGUGGAAACUUCUCUCAAGGAAUUGGUUCCUGUAGUUAUAAAGUGGGGAAACAAAUUAGAUCAUGUUUUAAAAGUUUUGCUUUCUCACAUUUUAAGCUCAGCUCAGCGUUGUCCUCCUCUUUCCGGGGUUGAAGGGUCUGCGGAAUCACAUCUCCGUGUCUUGGGUGAAAGAGAGCGCUGGAAUAUAGAUAUUCUUUUAAGAAUGCUGGUGGAAUUGCUUCCUUGGGUAGACCAGAAAGUGAUAGAAACAUGCCCCUUUUCGCACACCACUGAAACUACACAAGCUAUGUUAUCUACCUCAUUGCUUGAAAUGUAUGCUAGGGGGCAAGUUGAAUGGGAUGCAUUUGAAUGGAUGCAUGUUGAAUGCUUUCCUAAUUUGAUAGAGCUGGCUUGCAUGUUACCACAGAAAGAAGAUAAUCUUCGGAGCCGAAUUUCAAAGUUUCUUUUAUCCGUUUCUGAAAGAUUUGGGGAUUCGUACAUGACAUGCAUAAUGCUACCUGUAUUUUUAACAGCCGUUGGGGAUAAUGCUGAUUUGACAUAUUUUCCUAGUUCCAUCCGUUCAAGAAUUAAAGGUUUGAGACCAAGAUCCGCUAUUGUUGAUAGGCUCUCUACGAUGUGUGUCUUACCACUUUUGUUGGCUGGUGUUAUGGGUGCUCGUGGAAAACAAGAACUGUUAGCAGAAUAUUUGAGGAAGCUGCUACUAGAAGAAAACCACAUGGAGAAUCCACCAACAAAGCACACUCCUGAGAUUAUCAAUGCUAUCCGUUUCAUCUGCAUAUACGAAGAAAACCAUGGUUUGAUAUUUACUAUACUGUGGGAAAUGGUUGUUAGCACUAAUUUAAACUUGAAAAUAAAUGCUGCCAAACUGCUUAAAGCUAUUGUCCCGUAUAUUGAUGCAAAGGUUGCUUCAACUCAUGUUUUGCCUGCCCUAAUUACUCUUGGAUCUGAUCAAAACCUGAAUGUGAAGUAUGCAAGUAUAGAUGCAUUUGGUGCUGUGGCUCAACACUUCAAAAAUGAUACGAUUGUUGACAAAAUACGGGUUCAAAUGGAUGCUUUUCUUGAGGAUGGCUCCCAUGAAGCUACUAUUGCUGUUAUUCGUGCAUUGGUGGUGGCAGUGCCACAUACAACAGAAAGACUUAGAGAUUAUCUUUUGUCCAAGAUUUUCCAACUUACAAGUAUGCCAAAUGCAACAAGUGAUUUGAUGCGUAGACGAGAGAGAGUGAAUGCAUUUUGUGAGGCAAUCCGAGCUCUGGAUGCUACAG